AUGGCCAAACGCCGUAAUCGUCUGAAGAGUCUCCCGCAAGAAAUAACAUGGAACAUAUUUUCUAGGUUACCAGUUGAGUCGGUAUUAAAUUGUAAACUAGUAUGCAGAUCCUGGAGAGAGCUUUUACAGUUUCGUGCUAUUAACAAUUACUUUGCUUAUCAACAUCUGCAGCGACAACAUGGUCUUGGUCGUCAUAUACUGGUACAGCAGCAGCAGCAACAGCAACAGCAUAAGCCGUUUGAACAUCAUCAUUAUGGUUCUGAUUCUGAGACAAUGAGUUUCGUGGACUUUGACAUAUAUGCCCAAGUUUUUCUGUAUCUAGAGUACCAUGACGAUGAUGAUCAUGGGAUUAGCAAAAAGAAGAUCAUCAUGAAAUUUCCGAUAGGUGCGAGUGGAGUAGUGGGUUCAGAGAAUGGAUUGGUUUGCCUAAAAGCCAGAACCAGAUACAAUGGCAUCCCUGAAUAUAUGCGCCCGGAUGAACCUUUAAACAUCUGUAAUCCGAUUACCAGAGAAUUCGUGACUCUUCCAAGGAUACUGAUCGACGAGAAAAAAAACAUUGAUGGUGUUCACAUUGUGUACGGAUUUGGCUACCACCCUUUCAUUAAUGAGUAUAAGGUUGUUAGAAUUUGUUAUAUAGGAGACGAGAAAAGCCCCUCCUUCGAAGGAAAGGUAGAGGUAUAUACACUUGGGAGUGGCAGCGGCUGGAGAAAUGUAGGAGAAACCAAAUAUUUCUUGGGACGACGUGUGGGAGGAAAUAAGUCAGGUGUUUGUGUUAAUGGGGCUCUUCAUUGGCUCUGUGAUGAAUCCGCGAAUAUCCUGGCCUUUGAUUUAGUACAUGAGGAAUUCCACUUGCUCCCUACCCCGAUUAAGCAGAAAUUUUCUUUCGGAAGAAUCUUCGUCGCGAGACGUUGUUUGUUUCUUGAAUACUAUGAUGAUGGUCACUCGGCAAAAUUGUGUUUCUUAAAGAAGAACAAUUACGAGGAGGAUGAUAAUGAUAGCAGUUGCCACAUGAAUGAGCAGUAUUACAAGUCAUGGAGUUGGAAUAGAGAGCUCAUUUGCCAUUACAAAAAUGGGUGGAACUUUAUGAACAAAUGGUCAGGAAGUCCUUCAGCGUUAUAA